AUGGAAGGGUUUACAAAGCAUGGACUUAAACAGGGAUCUCAGGAAAGACAUUUUAGCCAAGUGUCAUGUACCUCUGAAGACAUUGCCACUUUCUUUCAGCAUACAUCUCUUUCUCUACAUAAAACAUUUAAUACUAAAGAGAAAUUUUAUGAAUGCAGAAAACAUAAAAAUACCUAUGGACAAGACUCACAACUUACUACAAAUCAAGAAAGUCAUACUGACAAAAAAUUCUAUGAUUAUAAAGAAUACAGGAAGUCCCUUAGUAGCACUCCAGAACUUAGUUUAUAUUACACAGUGCCUAUCGGUAUGAGACCCUAUGAAUGUGAGGAAUGUAGAAAGUCUUUGAAUAGUGGCCCAGACUUUAUACAACAUCAGAUAAUUUUUACUAGGGAGAAAUAUAAUAAAUUUAAGGAAAGUCAGAAGGCCUUUACUAAUGCCUCACGUUUUUUUCUACAUCAGAACAUUCAUACAAGCGAGAAGUCCUUUAAAGGUAAUUAUUGUGUUAGAGAAUUUAAUAAUGGUACAGCCCUUAUUCAUCAUCAGAGAAUUCAUACUGUGGAGAAACCCUAUGAAUGUAAUGAAUGUGGAAAGGCCCUUAGUACUAGUUCAAUAUUUAGAGUACAUCAAAGGAUUCACACAGGUGAGAAGCCCAAUGAAUGUAAAGAAUGUGGAAAAGCCUUUCAUCAUUCCUCAUACCUUAGUCAACAUAAAAGAAUUCAUACUGGUGACAAACCUUAUGAAUGUAAGUAUUGUGUUAGGGCUUUUAGCAAUGUUUCUGCCUUUAUUCGGCAUCAGAGGAUUUAUACUGGUGAGAAACCCAACAAAUGUAAGGAAUGUGGAAGAGCCUGUAGUACUGUCUCAAUACUUACAGCACAUCAAAGAAUCCAUUCAGGUGAGAAACCCUAUGUUUGUAAGGAAUGUGGGAAGGCCUUCUGUCAGUCUUCAGAACUUACUCAACAUCAGAGGAUUCAUACUGCUGAGAAACCCUACAGAUGUAAGGAAUGUGGAAGGGUCUUUCGUUGUUCAUCAGAGCUUUCUCGACAUAAGUUAAUUCAUGCUGAUGAAAAAUUGUAUGAAUGUAAGGAAUGUGGAAAGACCCUAAGUAGAGAUUCAAUACUUACACAACAUCAGAAAAUUCACACUGGUGAGAAAGGCUGGGAAUGUAAUGAAUGUGGGAAAGUUUUAAAUUGUGUAAUAUACCUGACUUGGCAUCAGUGA